AAAAUACUAUCAAAAUUUUAGAAAUAAUCAAAAUUAGCAGGUUACGUGAUUAUAAAAAUGCACAUUAGUCCACUGAUCCGUUCUAUUUUGAGCCAUUUCAAAGCUCGCACCAUCAGGACCUAUCUGGUAGUCUUGCCCGAUCAAGGUCAUAUAGAAAAACCGCUCAAACUGGAGGAUCUGUGGACUGAACGUGGAAUAUUGGAUAUGCGAUUCCAAGAGCUUUCCAUCCAGCAGAAACGAAUUGAGGGCAGCCUUACCGAUCUGACGCGCUGCAUAAGAGGCAUGGAGUUUGAUGUGAAAGUGAAUUCCGAACUGGACAAAAGGGAGAGGGAGAAACAGGCACGUGGUGUUGCUGCGACGAACGUUGCCCAGGCGAGCGAUAAGAAAUCACCCAAAGUCGGUGAUUUCAGCGAAUAG